AUGAGAAGAGCUCGAGACUACCUAGAGGGCUAUGAAGAACAAUCAUUAUCAUCUAGGCAACAUUCGACGCCCCACGGAUAUGACGAAUUUAGUAGUCCCCGGACAACGUCGUACGGGGGGAACUCUUCACAGAACACCACGCUGUCUUCAGGGCCGACACAUCCGCCUCCACAAUCCCCGAUGCAGGUAGCGCAACCUGCAUCCUCGAUUAUUCUACCUUCUCCGGCUUCACUUAAAUUUCCUAGUUCGCAAAGCCUCCCACCGGUGUCACCACCUACAACGUCGCAGACAUCAAUACAAAAUGCGGACUUGCAGGACCUCCAACAUCAGGUCAGUGUCAAGACGUUUGAAUUUCAGACUCUGCAGCGCGAGUACGACGCUUUACUCCAGAAUCUCGAGAGACAGAAGACUAAAUGCGCCACGUUCGAGAAGAAGCUUGAAGUUAGCGGCAUAGAGAUAAGUAGCCUGAAAGAAGAGAAAGAAAGGCUGCUUGCGCAAAUUUUGACAGUCGAAGGUCAGAUCGAAGAGCUACAGCAGAGUAGGGACGAGGCUCGGCGGCAGUUGGUUGCUAAUGGAGCACAAUACGUGCGGAUCAUGGACAUGGCAAACCGGCUCCAGUCACAAAGUGCCGAGGCCAAAAAGAUAUGGGAGCUGGAGAAGGCAGGGCUAGAACAAAGGAUUCGGUUACUAGAAGAAGCGAUGGUGGCAGGUACCCCGAAGCCUACCCCGACAGUAGUCGCGGAACAGCAACCUGGUAUCAAUUCAGUCCCGUCGUCUGUCGACUCGACAGAUACCAUCAACACCCCAAUGCCAUCGCAGAUAGAGAUCAUCAAUGUCCUCCGUUCCGAAAUCAGUCGCCUUCGCUUCAGGACACAUACACUCGAGUCGACAGUGCAGAACAUGCGACGCGAAAGCUUUUCUAUCCAGACAGCGGCACGAAAAAUACUUGAUUCAGGCGACAAAAUAGGGAACAUUGCAAAAGAAGUAGUGGGUGAAAAUGAAUGA